AUGCUUGAAUCAUCUAAACAACGUGCAACAAGAAGCGACAAGAUGGAUUACCUACACGACAGAUCAUUAGUAGAAUCUUACCAUACAACUGAUCUUGGUACGAUCUUGUCUCACGAUGUCCAGCCAAGUCCAUUUUUAAGUACGCCUUCCUUUGGACAGACAUCUAGACUGCUUGUAGCUUCUUCCGCUCCUGGGCGUGCACGCAAUGUGGCACUCGGUCAAGCUGCUACUACACAACAGGGCCUGGCUCGAUCGACUCUCCCCUCACCGGUGCAGCCCAUUUCAACCCGACGGGUCUCAGCUUCUAAAAUUGUUUGUUCUACUCUGUUGUACCCAGGGGUAAGAAAAAGAAUGGUCGGCUUAGCAUGUUUGUUAGCAGCCGAAAUCCAAGCAAGGUCAUCGAUAUUCGACUUCUUAUUAUUCCAGUUCACGAUUGACCUUCUACUUCUGAAGAAAGGGCAGCUAAGAGGUCAAAAUUGA